GCAGGACGUUUGGCGCUGAGGGGUGGGCACUCGCGGACCCGGACCCUGCCCUGUUCCUCCCGCUUUCGGGCGCCGCCGCCGGCCGCGCAUCUUGGUUCUCGCGGCAGCCGAACCGAGACCCCGAGGGCAGGGAGAAUACCUUCAGAGACAUCCAGAACUAAUCCUGGUGAAAUGCAUCACUACCCUGAUUGAUCCAGAGAAACAAGAGGAACAUUUUGAUUCCUCUGCCCUGUUCUAUAGGCAGAUGUCAUUUUCAGACUCACAAGAUGGCAGCCAUUGACCUAUCCCACACAUGGGCUGUGCCUACACGGGACACUGCUUGUUUCCACAUGGGAAAUAGUGAGGAAAGGAUGGUUGCUGGAUUUCUGACAACCUGGUUACAGGAACCGGUGACCUUCAAAGACGUGGCUGUGGCAUUCACUGAGGAGGAGUGGGUGAUGCUGGACCCUUUUCAGAGAAGUCUGUACAGAGAUGUAAUGUUGGAAAACUAUAAAAAUCUUGCCUCAGUAGAAUGCCAAUCACACAAGCCUCCUGUGGUCUCCCAGUUUGAUCAACAAGAGAUAAAAACUAUGAAAAGGAGAAUUCCUCAAGGCAUUUCUCCAGACUGGGAAAUUCAACUUAAAACCAGAGAAUCAACUCCUAAGACUAGUUUGGGGGAUAAGCCAUUCACGGGAGUGAAAAUGGUAAGAUUCACAGUGAAUGAUUAUUGGUCCUCCAUAUUAGGAGAAGACUGGGAAUGCCAUAAGAUCAGAAAACAGCAUGUGAUCCCAGAGGGAUAUUUGAGGCAAGUGCCAUUCACCCAAAAGAAAGUAGCAUCUCAGGAGAAAGUCUUUGAUUAUCAUGAAUUUGAGGGAAACUCUAAAUUUAGCUCAAAACUUGUUUUUUCACAGAGAAUUUCCACCAGUAAACAAUGCCAUAAAUGUGACUCAGAUAUUGUAUGUUCAAAAUAUAAUUCAAUUCUAAACAAUUACCAGAAAAUUUCUGUAAGUGAGAAGCUAUGUGAAAGUCAUGAGUAUGAUAGAGCUUUAUGGCAUGUUGAAAGAACCCAAACAGCACAAAAAGCAUACACAUGCUCCAGAUGUGGUAUACACUUCCAACAUAAUAAUAUGCUUCCUGAACAUAAAAAUAUUUUUAUGGUGGAGAAUCCCUAUGAAUGUAAUAAAAAUGGUAAGAAUGUUUGUCAUCACCCAUCCCUUAAUCAACAGGAACAAACUCAUACUGGAGAGAAACAUGAAUGUAAUCAGUGUGGAAAAGCCUUCAAAAAGAUUUCUAACCUUAUUUUGCACGAGAGAAGUCACAUGGGUGAGAAACAGUAUGAAUGCAAGGAAUGUGGGAAAGUCUUCAAUGAUUCUUCAACCCUAAGGAGACAUGUGAGAACUCACACAGGAGAGAAACCCUAUGAAUGUAACCAGUGUGGGAAAGCUUUUAGUCAGAAAACAUCUCUUAAGGCCCAUGUGAGAACGCACACUGGAGAGAAACCUUAUGACUGUAAUCAGUGUGGGAAAUCCUUUGGCACAAGCUCUUACCUUAUAGUGCACAAGAGAAUACACACAGGGGAGAAACUCUAUGAAUGCAGUGUCUGUGGAAAAGCCUUUAACACAAGCUCUCACCUCAAGGUGCAUAAGAAAAUACACACUGGAGAGAACCUUUAUGAAUGCAGUGACUGUGGGAAAGUUUUUAGUGGUCUUUCAUCCCUUAGAAUGCAUGUGAGAACUCAUACUGGAGAAAAACCCUACGAAUGUAAAGAAUGUAGGAAGGCCUUCAGCGUUUCCUCUUCCCUUAGGAGACAUGUAAGAACUCACACUGGAGAGAAACCCUACAAAUGUAUUCAAUGUGGAAAAGCCUUCAGUCAGAGCUCUUCACUGAUUAUACACAAGAGAAUUCACACCGGGAGAAAAACCCUGUAAGUCCUGUGAAUGUGGAGUUGGCUUUAGGCCAACCUCAUUAUUUCAGGAUUUGUUCUAUAACAUAAGCAUUGAAUGCUCUAAAUAGCCCUCUAAACACUUUAGUUACAUAAAUACAAGUUUUGAUCUCUCUUAUUUUAGUUUUGCUUUAGUUCUAAAUAUUAAUACCUAUUAUGACUUUUUUUUAAACCCAGGGGUUAUUUAGAAUUAUGUAUUUUUAAUAUCUGAGGUAUGAAGAUUUUUAGUUACCUUUUUAAUAUUGAUUUCUAAGUGUGUCUGGACUAUAUGAUACUGCUUUAUUAGUAUUAUUCUGAGAGUUGCUUUCUGGUCCAGUGGGGCAGGUACUGUGAGUAGCCAGUGAAACAUUCAAUUUAUUCUUUCUUACUAAUGAACCCUAUUUUUAGCUCAAGAUAGCAAUGCUUCUAGUUACAAACUCUUCUCACCCUCCUUGCAGCCAACAGUAGCCAUAUCCCCCAUUCCUGGCCAAUUGAGACUAUGCUAGUAUCACUGGGGACAGAUCUAAUUUUUUUUUUUUUUUCUUUUGCACUUUGCCUUUCUGCCUUCUCCAUUCUUCUUU